UGCGGAAUUCCCAUUUUGACGUUUAUUUCUUCCUCCCCAAAUCGGCUUACUUCUUUUCAUUAGUUCAAACCUAGGAAAUCCAAUUUACAGCUGAGAAAGAGAGAAGCAAAAUGGGAGGAGGACACGGCCAUGGCGAUGGCGUGACGUACAAAGGCGUAACUUUGCAUCAGCCUAAGCGCUGGCACACAGUCACUGGCAAAGGCCUCUGUGCCGUCAUGUGGUUUUGGAUUCUCUAUAGGGCAAAGCAAGAUGGUCCUGUGGUGUUGGGUUGGAGGCAUCCUUGGGAAGGCCAUGAUGAUCAUCAUUAGAAUUGUGAUGCAACGCUGAAAUGGAGCAUGGAGCUUGUCUGCCUAUCUUUUCUUGGGCCCCUCUUUCGGUUAUGUACAAUAAAAUGACUUAAGAAAUGUCAUCUUAAGUUGAUACAUUGAAUGAUUUUUCGACAAAAUCGACUGUAACUUCUUAUCAUUUUAUCAGCUUCGUGCUUCUAAUACAAUUGUUGAAAAUGAAUGA